CCUAUGGCUCUUGUCACAGAGCACUUUGAACAUAGGCUCAUGUGAACAGUGCCUAUACCAACUAGAUUAGUACCUGCCUGUGUAUCGACGGAGAGUGCGAAAGUGAUAUCACGUAACAUUCAUUGAAUUGACAAGUGUUUUGUGAAUCGAACUCGAGGAAGUUUGAAGGCGCAAAGUUUUCCGUGGAUAUCAUGAAACCAUGCUGUGCUAUCUCGAGUGCAAAACCAUGAUUCUAGUGUCAAAAUAGUGUUGUGCAAUCAUGAAUAUCGAUGAGAAAGUGUCGGGGCCCGGCGGGGCCUCGCAGAAGAACUGGACUCACUUGAACACCAGUUUCGAGGAGUUGCCGUUGGACAUGCGGUUUAACCAUGGACACAUGGUGUCUAUAACGGUGUACAGUGUACUGAUGGUGGUGUCUGCCACUGGCAACUUGACUGUGCUCUCGCAGUUGGUGAGAAGAAGGUGGGCGGGCAGAGCGAGCCGCCUGGAUGUACUCCUCAUGCAUUUAGCAGUUGCCGAUUUGAUGGUGACAUUUCUGAUGAUGCCGCUGGAGAUAGCGUGGGCGGGCACGGUGCAGUGGCUCGCCGGAGACCUCAUGUGCCGCCUGAUGAUGUUCACGCGCACCUUCGGCCUCUACCUCUCCAGCUUCGUGCUGAUUUGCAUAGCCAUCGACAGAUAUUAUGCGAUCCUGAAGCCUUUGAAUGUGACGUGGGAGGCGGGCGUUCGGCGCGCGCUUAUGAUCGCGUGGGGCUGCGCGGUGCUGGCCAGUCUACCGCAGAGCUUUAUAUUCCACCUGGAGGAGCACCCCGAGGUUAAGGGGUACUACCAAUGCGUGUCAUACGGGUCGCUGCCUACCGAGCGGCAUGAGUUCGCGUACUUCCUAGUCAAUAUGCUGCUAAUGUACGUCGCCCCGCUGGUGUCCACACUCUACUGCUCCUCCGCCGCACUCCUCGAAAUCAUACGGAGAGCCAAUACCUCCAAUGACAGAAUGCGUCGCAGCGGAGUGGGCAUCUUGGGCAGGGCUCGCGCGCGCACUCUCAAGAUGACAGUCACCAUUGUUCUGGUGUUCUUCACCUGCUGGUCGCCUUACUACUGCUACUGUUUGUGGUUUUGGAUAGACAAAGAGAAGCUAAAAACGUUGGAUCCGGCGCUGCAGAAAGCCAUGUGGCUGUUCUCAUGCACAAACUCGUGCGCAAACCCCAUCGUGUACGGGGUGUUCAACCGCAACCGAUGGACGUGGAGAUCAGGACCUAACGCAAGGUGCCGCAGUCGAAGUAUGAGGAGAGGCUCUAGACUACCCUACUACGGGGAGUCCAUGGAGAUAUCGGCCGCGACGUUAGCGCGCGCGCGCAGCUCUCUGGUCGAACGCAACGACAGCAAGGACUCACACAACGGCAAUGUGAAGCACAUCAACAAUAACCACGUCGGCAAUGGAAUAGUGUAACGAAGCUUACGAAAAAAAAACAUAUCCGACAUACACGCAAAAAGGUUUACCGCAUAAUUGCUUUCUGCGAAACGCAACGAUGCGUAAAGCGUGGGCCACAUUGGAAGCGAAACAAGCUUAUGUAAUGUUAUUAUUAAACUUAAGCGGAACGAUCUAUCCUAUUGUCAAAAGUACCUAACCCAAAUUUGAAAGGAACGAAAAGUUAUUAGCGCUUCUCUCCCAUUGUUGCCUACGCUUAACGAGGGAGGAUAUUUGCAAACAUUUCAACAGUGUUGUUGAAUUGCAGCGUGUUUAUGCAGAUAUUACUAAGAAUCAAAAUAACAAUUUCUUAAUGUAAGUAGGUUUCGUUGUACAAUUAUUUGUACAUACGUUUGAAAAGGCGCCAUCAGAUUGUGAUUUUGAAUUGUGUGUGAUAAAAAAAAUGGCGAUGUUUAUGUGUGAACAAAUGCCUUAAGUUGAAGGGCAAGACUAUAAAUCCCGUGAUGAGAGCUCCAAUGUAAAUUAAAAUUUUGUUUUCGUUUUUUUUUACCGUGACAUUAAACAACAAAAGAAGGAAUUUGAAGAUACUCAUGGUUUUUAAACUAGAUUGCUUAAAAGUGCUCUAGAGACAGAAAUGUUGAAAGAAAUGAACAUGACAGGGAAUUAAAUUUGUUAGUACUUAGAAUAAUAAAUAAAAUAUCAAAGAAUGGAAGGGGAGAGGAAGCCUGCAAGAGAAAUAGGGAGUCUGUGAUAUGAAUAAAAGAGAUGAUGACAGGGUAAAGUAAACAAAACUCUAUUUAGUCCGUAAGAUAGAUUAUCAAAAAAUAACGGACAUAUUAUUCAUAAUGGACGUAAAUUAUUCAUUGUCAUCGUCACUUCUAAGUUCAAAUAGUACCAAGACGUGGCGUGAUACGACAUUUCAAAUCAAUAUAGGAGGUAUCUCUGUAACGUUUUGAUUAUGUGAAUAAAUAAAAAUACGUGUCCAAUACUUUUUGAUAAUAAAUAAUAAAAGAAGAAAAAAGUUAGUCAUCAUCACUGCAUUUGUAGGUGGCUGAGGAUAUUAGGAAAAGCAAGAGAAAGCUUCAGAACUUUGUCGAGCCCAAAAGUAAAUUGGGACCAGAGAAAAAGAAGGAUGUGAAAAAAAAUACUCCCAAAAGUUUAAUUAGGUACUUUGUCUGUACUAUAUAUCUGGUGGUGACUGUAUUCAAUGUAUGAUUUGGCUCUUCGUUCGUUUGUAAGACAAAUUUUACUAAAAAGCAAAGUACAUACAGGCUUGGAUCGUUCGCUAUAUUACGAAUACAAUUAUUGUUAAUUGUAUAGAAUGUAAAAAUAAGGUAACGAUACACUGUAAGCAAAAGGAGAAAUUAAUAAAUAAUUGUAGUUAUAGAUCAUGAGUUCUACGCACAAAUAUUUUGUAUAAAUUGUAUAAAUAACAGAAAUUUAUUAUUGAACUAAAUUUAAUAAGAAGUACAGGGGUCCAGAACAUAGCUUAUUUUCAUUUAAUAAACAAUGACUAGAGCACUCUGCAUAUAUUCAUGUGGAAACACAUAACUUAAUACUUUUCUUGUUUAUGUAAAGGAACGAGAUCUUGUACAGUUAGCACUUAGGAGUAAGGAAAAAAGUUUGUGUACACAAAACGAUAAAUUAGCCUACGGAAUGGAAAAAAAACUCGAUCUUUAAUCAUUUUUAGGGUCUAAUAGCCUCAAGGAUGUGAGGUUUGGUAAAAAUCCAUUUCAUAAAAGUAAACAAUCGAUAAAUGCAAAAAAUCGAUUUUUUUGUAUUCAAAAUUCAAAAAAUUCAAAAUUCAAUAUCGUUUAUUCAGUCUAGGCUGUUACAAGCACUUGUGAAUGUCGAAAAGCUACGCCAUCGGUUCGCAAAUCUACGGCGAGAGACCUUGUACUGAGAAGAACCGGCAAGAAACUCAGCAAGGGCUGUUUUUUUCUCCCUGUAUUAUAUACAGAGUCGUCAAUUUGAAAAAUGAGUUCAAUAUGAGAUAACCCAUGAAGUCACUUUCCCGUUAUUAUUUAAAGUACAUGCUUUUCAUAUUCAAAUAAUAAACCUAAGAGAUUCAUAUCAACAAUUUUUCAGAUUACAAAUCAAAUACAUAAAAUUAUAUCAAUACCAACAACCAAUUCAAAACUAAAAAUCAAAGAAACAUUCCUUUAAAAUUCCAAGGUAAGGAAUUAGGAAACCAAAUAGCAUAAUUGAUAAAAAAAAUAGUAAGAGUACUAUUAAACAUUAUAUUUAUUAUAAUAAAAAUGAAAUGAUGAGCAUCCAAAAAAAAUACUUAAUCAACUUAUACGUAUGAACUUAAUUCGAGAUUUUUCAUCCAACGCAUAGAUGGCGCUGUUUAUAAAAUUGAAACUUAUUGCAAGGUUUUUGAAGUUAUACUUCUUUAGCCGCGUUAUGAAAAAAUUAUGAGAGUGAAAUUUUAAGAUGCGCGCGCAUCACUGUAACACAAAAGUAACAUAAUGAAGUUAGCCUCGGGCGCGUUAUGAAAAAAUGAUGAGAGUGAAAUUUUAAGAUGCGCGCGCAUCACUGUAACACAAUAGUAACACCAUGCAGUUAGCCGCGGGCGCGUUAUGAAUGUUAGUGUCUAAUAAUGGUGGAUUAUUAACCACUAGUGGUUAAUAAUCCACCAUUAUUAGACAUCUGUUCGAAAGCUACUUUGAACGAUCCACGGAGCUCCAUAAGAUGAUCGCGUUGUCAAAAACAAUGUUGGCACGCUCGUCGCCUCUGAUCACUGUUUUCAUAUUUAUAAUAUUUAUCCACAUGUUUCUAGUUUCUAUAUAGACACAACGUGUUUUAGUUACUUACAAGUGCUAAUUACAUAUGGACUAAUAACUUAAAUUCAGUAGUGAUUUUAAUUGAAUAUUUUGAAUAUUUAUUUAAUUUUUCAAAUUAAAACUGAACUUAAUUGACUGUGUUAACUAUCCUUUUCCAGUCCUUUUAUUAUUUUAUUGUAAUUAUUAAUUAUUUGCAUGGAAUUAAAAAAUAUUUUUAAUGAUGCUAAAGAAGUAUAACUUCUCACGCGCGUACAUAACAUGCGUUACACGCAUCCAUUUUUUUUUUCAUCCGUCGCUUAAAUACGAUGAGCUGUUUCUGAAAAUCGAAUUAAACACUUAAUUUAUAUAAUCGAUCUACUAAAAAUCUAUUAAUAUUACUAUAAAAAUCGAUAAUAAUAAUCAAUUAAAAUAAAAUAAUAAUCUUUAACACUUUGACUUUUGUUCUAAUAUUGAUGAAAUGUGAAAUAAUUUUUAAUUUUGUAACAACACGAACUGGCUUUUGGGAAAAUAUUUUGUAAGUAGUACAAAUUGACAAUAUUGCCUUUCAUUUAACUCUAGUAGAUAGAUAUUGAAAAUAAAUACUGCAAAGUAUGUAAUAUACAAAAAUGGUUCAGUUGUGUAUAAUUGUCGAUUUAACUCUUCAGAAAAUUAUUUAAAUUAUUUAAGAUUUUGUGAAGAAGGUGCACUUGCAUUUAAUAUAUUUAUUUAUUAUAUAUUAUGACUUGUUUGCGAAAAUAUGAACCUUACAAUGAAGUUUUUGUAUACUUAAUAGUGUAUAUAAAGACUUUAAGCAAACUUAAUGGGGAGAAAAAUAAACUCCCUACCUUACAUUCCUUAUAAAAUGAUUAAAUAUUUUUUUACUUAGUAGUAAAGUAUUUUAAACUUAUGUUACAUAAAUAAUAAUGUGAAGAAAUAUGUUAAUACUCACCUUGAGUAACUUAUUUGAAGUGAAUUUCUAGUUGCAUAUUUAAGUUGCGAUUUAGUUAAUGUAUGCGUUUAAUUUAUGAAGACUGACAGACAGACUACACGUUAAGUAGUUUUUUUUAUUCCAAAUCAUAUUGUUAUACUGUCACAUUUUGUUUUUGUUUAUCAAAUAUACCUAGUUUAUAUUAUUGAUUCAUAUUUGUAGCAUAAUUGCGCAUCGUGGCUGUGAGGUGAUAGAGGCUUUAUGUCUCAAAUUAAGUUAAAAGUUUAUUUUGCUUAUGUUAACUGAGGACGAAAGUAAUUUUUAAUAAAUAAAAUGUGAAAAAUCA